AUGGCGGACUCGAUCGAUAGAGUCUUCGGCCAUGCGCUCAAUACUGUCAACAAGAUCCGACCAGGUUCAACAAAGCCACCGUCUGCGGACCGGCUUGCCCUAUAUGGAUUGUACAAGCAGUCAAUGGAAGGCGAUGUGGUCACGCUAUCAGCACGGCCAGCAGCCUCUUCUGCAGCGUUUGCCCAGAUGUCGGAGGAAAGCCUGAGAAAGGAGCAAGAGAAGUGGGACGCGUGGAAAAACAACGAAGGUCUCACGAGGACGGAGGCAAAGCGGAGGUAUAUCGAGAAGCUCAUUCAGACAAUGCACGAGUACGCUUCCGGCACCGACGAGGCUCGCGAUUUAGUCGAGGAGCUUGAGUUUGUUUGGGACCAGAUCAAAAACAAUAGCCAGCACUCGGGCGACAGUGAACGGAGUAGUCCGCUUCAGAACCUGGAACGGAGCGGCUACAUCAGCAGUUCCGGUAACGGUGGGAUAAGCUCUUCAGCCGCAGCGAUGGAACCUCCGACGCCUCGAGUUGGAUCGCGGAUGAGGGUGCUAAGUCCCGUCUCGCAAGCUGAUGAUGAGGAAGCUAUGGAGGAGAAGGAGGAGUUCGUUGAUGCGCGAGUCUCACAGACAUCUCGCCCUGGCGAGGCUCGGUGGCGGAAACGUAUCGAGUCCUCGCUGAUAAAGCUCACCACGGAAGUUGCCGCACUUCGAGAACAGCUUGAGUCACGACGCUUCCUUAAGCAACAACGACAACGCAGUCUCUUAGGUUGGCUGUUGCGCUUUGGAUGGUGGGCUGUACAACUUCUGGUCGCCGACGCCGUCAUACUCUGGAUUGUCAUUCUCUACAUGAGGCGCAAGAAAGACCGCAGGCUGGAAGGCGCGGUGAGAGUGUUACUGGGUGAUGCUGUUGCACAGGUGCAAAGGGUCGGCAGAGAGGUCAAGAUGCCGACUUUACCCAAGCUACCCGGUCGCCGGGUAGAGAAGAUUCUAUCGAGCUGA